AUGGUUGUUUCUAGAUUUAAUGAGUAUUUAUUCUUGUUUCUUAUGUUAAUUGAUAAUGUACAAAUUGGUAGAGAUGAAGCAGAGUUAAUUAAGAUGAUCAUUGAAGAUGUUAGAAAAGUAAAUCCAACACAUCUAAAUGUUCCAGACCGCCAAGUUGGACUAGACCGUCGUGUUGCAAAGCUCAAUGUGUUGCUGAACAUGGAAUACAAUUGUGUUGGCAUUGUUGCCAUAUGGGGCAUGGGUGGAAUUGGCAAGACUACAAUUGCAAAAAGGCUGUAUAAUCUCAUCCAAUACAAGUUUGAACGUAGCGGCAUCAAGGUUAUAAGGAAGAAAGCUUUUGGUCGAAAAAAGGUUCUUGUUGUUUUGGAUGAUGUGUAUAAUGACCAACAAUUGAAGGCACUAGCCAUAGAUCGAGAUUCCUUCGCUCCUGGAAGCAGAAUCAUCAUAACAACAAGAGAUAAGUCUUCGCUAAAAAUCCUCGAAUUGGGUGAGAAUAAGAUACACGGGCUAGAGAAAUUGGACGAGGACGAAUCCCUUGAGCUCUUUAGUUGGCAUGCCUUUAAGGAAGACCAUCCUCCACAAGACUAUUUGGACCUUUCACGCCAAAUUGUGCAUUAUGCUGGAGGGCUUCCAUUAGCUCUUGAAGUUUUGGGGAAAGCUUAA